AUGAAGAUCCUGGUUUUUAUUUGGGCAACAGCUGUGACUGUGUCAGCACGACCCCAGGGAUACAGCCUACCAAAGCCCUCUGGAUCGUCCUUUGGCCCGUCCGUUGGCCCGUCCGUUGGGCCGUCCGUUGGCCCGUCCUCAGAUGGAUGUAGUCCCGGGCAAGUGCGACAUGUAGAUGGUAGAUGUGUCACUCCGAGAGAAAACAGAAGAGUGUUCUUGUAUGAAGUUCCUUCGAACGUUGUGUUCAACGGCGCUGAAAUCAAAGUCCCCGAGCCAACAGUGGAGACCAAUAUCGUGCUCAUCCGAACGCCCGAAGGAUUGCAGGGACCUGAUCCCGUGGUCGUGCCUCCUCCGAGACAGCAGCACGUGGUGUACGUACUCAACAAGCAGUCUGAACACGACCAGAGGGUGAUCGAGGUGACAGCACCACCACCAUCCGAUCCUGAAGUUUAUUUCGUGAACUACGCUGAAGGCGAGAACCCAACCCUUCCUAGCGGAGUGGAUCUACAGAGCGCUCUUGGCGCUGCUACUCAAGGCGGCGGUCAGGUGAUCGGUGAUAGCGGCUCUGGUGUUGGGGGAGCCGUAGGCGGUGGUAUUAGUGGCGGUAUCGGAGGUGGCAGCGGCGGAAGCAUCAGUUUGGGAGGAGACGGAGGAUUCGGAGGCAACAGUGGCUUCAGCAGCUUCGGAGGAAGCAGUGGAUUUGCGGGCAGUGGCAGUUUUAGAUCCGGAAGUGGAUUCGGUGGAUUUGGAGGUGGUUCGGGAGGUGGCAGCAUCAGUGGAAGCCACACUCCACCAACCCAGCCCUCAAAUCUCUACACUUCACCAUGA